AUGACUGAAGGAUGUCAAACGGAGUUUACUAAAAAAAUUGAUACACCAAAAUAUUUUAUUUUUAUUGGUACUUGUGGUGUUCUACUGGGUGUGCUAUAUUUCUACAGAUUUCACUUGAUUACAAUUGUAGUAAGUUAUGUGUUGGGAUGUUUGGCUUGUUAUUACACGUUAACUUCAAGUAUUUUUUGCAAUUAUGUGAAGCAAUUGACGUGCCAUAUUGUCAGAAAACCGGAACAAAUGGAAGACGAAGAACCUCCUGACGUCGGUUGUGAGACUUGUGGAUACAUUAAUUGUACGCGACAUAAUCCCGAAAUUGCUCCAGAGCCUUGGAGUGGUUUACAAAUACAUAAACAGUUGGAUCAAGCUAUAGAAGAUUUUUAUAAUACAAUAUUAGACCAUUUCAUCAACUCAUGGUACAGUAAGAUUACACCUCGGCCAUUCUUUGUUGAUGAGUUGAGGUAUCAACUUAGAUAUGCCUCAGCAAGUUUGUUGCUGCGAGCUUUAAAGGUAGACUAUGCUAGACUUAUUAAUGAGCGUUUAGUGCCUUGUGCAUUACGCCACUAUGCUGUUGUGUCUAGCGGUGAAAGGCCAGGCUUACAUGUGGCCGUGUGUAGCCGGGGAGCCGAAUUGAAAUAUUUACGAUGUCUUGCAGAUGUCUUACAACCGUUGCUACUCCAACCCAAUGAAACUAAUAAUCCAAUUUUCCGAGUCCUCAUAAGGGAAGUGUUUGCUGGCUGGGUGCUCCUGUCGCUGACCGAUGUGUUGGCGGAUCCCUAUAUCUUGAACACGCUGAUAGUACUGGCCACCAGUGAUGAAAAGAUGGCACAACUUCCGGCCACACCUAAUUACAAGGUGGAGUUCUUGGAGACGUUCGCGCGUCAGACGGAAUCAGUGUACACGGAGCGCUGCCGACUGCUGCGCGUGGACCUGGACCUGGUCAUCAACGAGCAGGAGCACUUCUAUGCCUUCAUGCAGUACAUGAAGUCCACCAGCCACCUGGAGUUGCUGCAGUUCUACAAAGACAUAAAGUCGUUCCAGAUGAGCCUCCUGAAGCCCGACUUGAGCCCUUCCGAGCGGGAGUGCGUGGCGAGUGGCGCCAGGAGGCUGCAGGGGAGCUGUACCCUCUUAGGGCCACUGGCCAGCCACCUCAGCCGCCGGCUGCUGGCCGAGCUGAACGAGGACCUGGACGCCGCGGACGAGCACAGGUUACAAACUAGCCGGGCCCUAUACCAGGCUGCAAGGCAAUCGCACGCCGCUCUAGAGAAGGUCAUGCUGCCCAGGUUCCUGCACAGCGAGGAGUUUUAUAAACUAAUGAUUGGAUCAAGAGUGCCCACCGGAUAUCACAAACAGAUGGCGAAAAGAUCGCAGGAGAAAGUGGUGAACGCGGCGUCGAGGCUCGGCCGCUUGAGGGGCGCGCUGAGGGCGCAGGCGGCGGACGGCCAGCUCCUGGACUGCGCAGGCGCCGAGCUGCCGGAAGGCGAGGGCAACGUGGACAUCCUCAGGUACCUGGACUCCAUAGCGGCGGAGGAGGCGGCCGGCGAGCAGGACCUGGCCAACUACAAGGUGGUGCUCACCAACGUGGAGACGCGGCUGCAAGCGGCGCCGCGGCGCGGCACGGUGCGCGUGUUCACCCUGGCGGUGCACCGCGCGCGGCCCGCCGCCGCCCUGUGGGCCGCCGAGCGCAGCGAGCACGACUUCCACCUGCUGCGCGCCAAGCUCAGGGAGUUCCACGGCGACGCGCUCGGGGACCUCGCGCUGCCCUCCAGGAGGGACAAUAGCCCGUUGGAAACGCUCCGAUAUAAGUACGAGGACUUCCUUCAGAGGCUUCUGCAGAAGCCGCUGCUGCAGACGAGCGAGCUGCUCUACUUAUUCCUCACGGUGGACAGCGACUUCUCCAUGGUGGUGCAGGCCUCAACCCUCAACGCGAACAGCACAGACCUGGGGAACAUCUACCACUCAGUCGCGCAUAAACUGAAAAAGGAGAAGGGUCAGCACCUGGAGAGUUUCAUGAGAAACUUUCUCGUGUCGACGGACAAGGAACGGUACCAGGCCCUUAAACAGGGCGCGCGUGACGUGGAGGAGGCGCAAGAGGCCGACGAGGGCGCAGCCCCCAAGAGGGCGGCCGAGGCGCCAAGGGAGCCCCGCGGAGCCCUGUUCGGAGACAACUUUGGGGAGCCCGACUGCUCGGCCCUGCCCCUUCGGAGACACAACACUCAGCAGACCGCCGUCGCUGGAUUCUCCCAGUGCCUCAUGUAUCUGUUGGUGAAGGUAGUGAAAGCGCCCGGUUUCGUCUGCGGCAUAGCGGGGGGCCUUUUGGCCACGUCGCGCUCUUUGAUCGACAGGGCCUUCAACGCGUAUCUCAACGGGAAACUGGCCAAUUUACUCCCCGAGCGACGGCUAGCGCAUUUAAUACGUCUGGGACACGGUAUGCUGUUCGGGAAACGGGCGCAUAUCGCCCGUACAGAGGCGGCGGAGGUUCACAUGCGGGAGGAGGCACGCCGCUGCCUCUCCGCAGCGGGGGGCUCGUACGCGCACCUCUUCGGCCUCCGCAGCGCCCUGCUGCAGGCCUUCGACGCGCUGCAGAGCCCCAGCCUCAACAAACAGCUGGUGUACAGCCUAUUGGAUCUCUGCAUCUUGGAACUGUUCCCCGAGCUGCAAGACAAAAUCUCCACAGAGUCGACGAGU